CCCCCGCAGUCAUUAUCCAUCAUGACUAUCCGCGUCGGAACCGCCUCACCCCACACUCAGGCCACCACUAAACUCACCCUCGCCCACCUCGAAGGCAUUGCCCGUCGCGCCGCAGACCGGGGCGUCGACAUCCUCCUGCUGCCAGAAGCCUUCAUCGGCGGCUACCCGCGCAACGCGACCUUUGGCGCCGUUGUGGGCAGUCGCUCUGCUGAAGGCCGGGAAUCGUUUGCGCAGUACUUUGAAAAGGCUGUUGAUCUGGGAGAUACCGUCGGCGAGGGCAGCGCGGGCGCAGGACUGAGAUGGGUGCGUCGGCAACUGCCGGGGUAUGAAGAGGGCGGCAGGGGACGAGGCGAUGGAACGCGAGAAGAGCUGGAGAGAAUUGCUCGCGAGACGGGCGUCUUUAUCGUGGUGGGAUGCAUCGAGAAGGCAGGCGGCAGUCUGUGGUGCUCCGUGCCGUACAUCUGCCCGAGGGAGGGCAUCAUCGGAAAGAGAAGAAAAGUGAAGCCGACCGGCACCGAGCGCAUCAUGUGGGCAGAAGGCCAUCCCUCGACCCUCCGCGCCGUGUCCACCGUCAUCCGCGGCCAGCGCGUCAACCUCGCCGCCGCAAUCUGCUGGGAGAACUACAUGCCGCUGCUGCGCCAGUCGCUCUACAACCAGAACAUCAACCUCUAUCUCGCCCCCACGGCAGACGGCCGCGAGGGCUGGCUCAGCGCCAUGCGCACCAUCGGCAUCGAGGGCCGGUGCUUCGUCGUCAGCAGCAACAUGUGCGUGCCCACCGAGGCCAACGCCAACAUGAGCCUCCCGAGCGACGCCGGCCUGGCCGCCAUGGCCGCCCUCGGAGACCGGGAUGUGGUCCCCAACGACGGCGGGUCGAGACGCGGCUUCGGCACGGCGGCCGGUGCGGAAGGCGUGAGGGACGCCUCGCCGCCGAGUCCUUCCCGGGCGAGGCACGGACGACGGAAGAGCGUCUUUGACGAGGACGGCAAUGAGAUUGUGCUGUCGUGCCCUGCGGAGAAUGGCGACACUACUCAAGAGCAGCAGCAGCAGCAUCUCCCAAGAGUGCAAGAACAAGAAACCCCUGAGCAAACUCCACAGAAAAAGUCCGCUUCUUACCUCUCCCGAGGGGGUUCUGCCGUCAUCUCGCCCUUUGGCGACAUCGUUGCCGGCCCUCAAUGGGAAGACUCGGACAAUCUGCUCUACGCCGACAUUGACCUCCGCGACUGCAUCCGCGGCAGGCUGGACAUGGACACGGCGGCGAGUUAUGCGCGGAAUGAUGUGUUUCGGCUGACUGUGGAUGGGCUGGACUUUGAUCCGCUGCCUUACUGAAGACGAAACCAAGGAUGGGCAUGUCAUUAUCACUAGUAUAUCUGUACCAUUAGAUUGAAUAAGAACAAAUGAAAGAAUUCAAUGUCUAGAUCAAAUUCAAGUAGAAAUAAUUGUAGAUUGAUAUGAGAUGAGUCUCAUCCUUUCUCUUUCUUAAAAUCUCUCCUUACACUCACAAAAUAAUUCAUCCAUCUUAACACGCUAAUAAAACCCAGAUAUUGCUUCCCUUCCAUCUGUGAUGGAGCUCCGAUACAAACACACAAAAACCAAACAAAAAAAAGAAAGCCUUAUGCUCCUGCCAUUAAGUAACGCCAACUAAUGCAAAUGCCUUUGUCUCUCACGCUCCUUUUCACAAGUUACGAUCAUUGUUCGGUGGCUGUGGUCUCUGGCACGGCCGCCAUCCCUUUUCCACCGCUUCCACCGCAGUCGCCUCCUCCUCUGCCUCCUUUCGCUGUCUCUCCAGUGCCGCCUGCGCCAGGAUUUCUCGUCGGCUGAGGCCCGCGCUGCUCAUCUUGCUGCCGCCCAGCACAAACUCGCCGCCUGUCCAGCCGCCGUCGUCUUCAUGCACGUCUUCCUCUUCAUCCUGGCCUGAGAUGUGGUAGCGCGAUGACUCGCCGAUUGUCUGGCCGCCAGUCUUCCAGUCGGCUGCGUCGACCUCGCGCUCAAUCUGGUGGCAAAGAUCCCAAAACUGUCGGUCAUGGGGUCCAUGGACGUUGUGCGUGAGCUCGUGACACAGAGUCUUGCGAAUCGUCUUGUAGUCACGGUAUCCGUCGUGCGCAUCUGUUCUCAGACGCAGCUCAAUCACUUCGCCCUGGUUGCGGUUCAGGCCCAGGAUGCGUGUCGUUCCCUCGUGCGUCGACUCGGUAUGUGCCAGCGGCUCCAUCUCCGUCAGCAGCGCCACGGUGAACUUGUGCUUCUUCAUGGCUGCCUUGAUGCCCGGAUCCUCCUUGAGGCGCAUCAGCAGCUUCAGGCUGCGCUCUGGAUUAGGCAGCCCGCCCAGCGGCCGAACCUGCAUAAAGGUGUAUUUGAGAUCUUCUGGCGAUGCGGCUGUGCGACGCCGGGUCGUCUUUGACUUGGCCUUGGAUCGCUGGGCCUCGCGGGCGGCCUUGAUUUUGUGCAGCUUGUGGCACAUGGUCUGCACGGCCUGGACGUCGGUUGCGGUUGAUCCCAUGACGGAGAUUGUCUUGCCGGCGAGGUUCUUUACCGAAUACUCAGGGUCUUUGAAGGGGUACUUGAUAAAGGGGCCCUUGGGCACCAUGACCUUAAUGUUCUGGAUGGGAAUCUCGAGGACGGCUUCGAUCUCGCAGAACAGGUCCAUGACGGUGUUGUCGGCGUCCAGCUCAAAGGGCAGCUUCUGGCCGCGAUGCGAGAUGGUGAUGCUGACGGUAUCGACGGGGUCGGCGACAUUGUCGUCGUCGUCCAGGUCCGACUCGCCCGCUGAG